GCAAGUGGCUGGACCUCAUGGAGGAGCCAGAGAAAGAGGUCCCUGCAGAGAACCUGGACACUGAAAGAGCCAUCCCUGGGAUUUUCGCAGGCAAUGGAAGGGAAGAUUGUCACUGAGUUUGAGCAAGCUGUCAUCCUAAGGCUGGGACACAUACGGAAAGGAGGAGCAGUGCGCCCAGGUGUGUACUUCAUCUUGCCCUGCAUAGACAUGCUCAUCAAAGUGGACAUGAGGACAAGGAUGCUGAAUAUACCACUCCAGGAGGUUCUUACCAAAGAUCCACUGUCGCUUGAUGUAGAUGGUGUGAUUUAUUACCGGAUUGAGAAUCCCCAGCUGGCUGUCAAAAACAUUACGAAUCCUGACUCGGCCACUCUGCUCCUGACGCAGAUCACUUUCGGGAACGUUUUGGGGUCCAGAUACCUCUCUCAGAUCAUCUGCAAUCGAGAUAAAAUUGCACAGGAUAUACAGUCCAUUGCAAGCAAUGCCCUCAGUGCCUGGGGGAUAAAGGUGGAGCAGAUAGAAAUCAAGAAUGUGAAGACGCGGGUAAAGGCUAGUGGGAGUCCAAUUUCAUCUGGAGGGUCAAUGCCAGCAUCUCCUCACUCCUUGGAUAAGGUAAAUGCGUUGGACUGCCGAAUGGACGCCCCCAGAACCGUGAAGAAGUCCUCCAUCACCAUCACGGAGUCUCCCACAUCGCUCAAGUUUCACUGUGUGCAGACGGAGAUCACCGGCAGAAGUGCCAUCCACAACUCCACUGACUAUGCCAUCACUGAAGGCAAUGAUUUUGGAGAAGGUCCUAAUCUAACAGAAGGCUAGAGUCCUCCAAAGUGCUGUAGUAGGUGCUACAUUGGAUGCUGACAUUUAUAUAGGUUUUUCUUAUUAUUAUGUUGUUGUUUCGUGCCUCUUCCCCCAUACCCAA